AUAGCUUAUGUGAGGACAGGAGUAGCAUCUUUUUGCAUAAGAUUCACUUAAAGCAGAACGUUCAUUUUUCUGGCUGUUCCCCGUUGCACCAGGGACGUAGCACUGAGCUAAUCCAGGGAGGCGUCAAGGCGUGAGCUGUAUUUAGACUCAGCCACCUGCUUGGGAACAUCAAGCGGCAGAAAGAGCCUGCUUCAGUAAAAACCUCCCCUGUGCAUUCUGCAGCAGCAGCUUCCAGCAGGCCCUCCCUCCUCUGCCUGACUCUGCAUGAGGCCUCCAAAGGGGUCAGCACCUGAAGACAGACCCUGUCGGCCCAGGAAUGCUCUGAGCCCGGCACUCCCUCUGCCCAGGAACUGCCAGAUAUUUUGGACAGCUGCAAGCUGGAAUUAAAUCACGUGGGUGAAGAGUGGCCUAAUCUCUACAUAGGCAAUAUAACAAUAGCCUGGAGUGUUUUUGUUUCUGAUCCUUCUAUAAAAAUGGCCAAUUACCUCUUUGGCAAUGGAUUUGCACAGACCUAUUAAGCGCUACAGCUUCUUUACCAAACUGAGGAAAACGAAAAGCUGUCUCUGAUACAGCCUGAGUGCAUGCAAGGGAGCAGCAAGAUGCCUCACACCAGAGACUCUUCAUCUCUGACUAGCAGCACUUCCUAUGAAACACCAGCACUAUCAGAUCUCCAGCGACUCCUGUGGCUCAGAGGAGGGUCUGAUAAUCAUGUGGACCAAGUCUGGCCAAAUAUCUACCUGGGAGAUGCGUGGGCUGCUAGGAGCAAAACUACACUUCAAAGCCUCAACAUUACUCAUAUCCUUAAUGCAGCAGAUGGACCAUAUAGCAUCAACACGGGAGCCAAAUAUUAUGCAGAUCUGCAAAUAGAGUACUAUGGAGUAGAAGCAUUUGAUGAUCCUUCCUUUGAUUUAAGUAUCUUCUUCUAUGAUGCUGCCAAUUUCAUAGGCACGGCCUUAAACUCUUCAGGAGGUAAGGUGUUCGUUCAUUGUGCCAUGGGAGUGAGCCGCUCAGCAACUUUAGUGCUUGCCUUUUUAAUGAUCCAUGAGAACAUGACACUUGUGGAUGCUCUAAAGACAGUGAGUGCUCACAGAAACAUCUGCCCAAAUUCGGGGUUCCUCAGCCAGCUCCGGGACUUGGAUAUUAAACUGAACGAAGAGAGGAAAGGAACCAGAGCAUCUCUUACCAAAGGCCUGUGAGAGAGUAUUGCUGAAAGAAAGAGGACAAAAUCUUAUUUCAGUUGCCUGUAUCUCUUAUAGAUGAACUGCAUUUAUAAAUUUAGGACACAAGUUUAUGAGACACCAGGAUGCAUGUUAUUAAUAAAAGUAGAUUUUGCUUGUUC